UCAGAAAUGAUAGCAUUGGCAAAAUGGAGGCUACCAGUGGAACUGAUGAGCCGGUUUCCGGGGAGCUGAUGUCUGUGGCACAUGCUCUGUCUCUCUCAGCAGAAUCGUAUGGCAACGAUCCGGAUAUUGAGAUGGCUUGGGCCGUGAGAGCAAUGCAACAUGCUGAAGUCUACUACAAGCUGAUUUCAUCAGUUGACCCACAAUUCCUGAAACUCACCAAAGUGGAUGACCAGAUCUAUUCUGAAUUCCGGGAAAAUUUUGAGAAACUCAGGAUAGAUAUAUUGGACCCAGAAGAACUCAAAUCAGAAUCAGCCAAAGAGAAAUGGAGGCCAUUCUGCUUGAAGUUUGAUGGGAUCGUUGAAGAUUUCAACUAUGGUACUUUGCUGCGACUAGACUGUUCUCAGGGCUACACUGAGGAAAACACCAUCUUUGCCCCCAGGAUACAAUUUUUUGCUAUUGAAAUUGCUCGGAACCGGGAAGGCUAUAACAAAGCAGUUUUCAUCAGUGUUCAGGACAAAGAAGGAGAGAAUGAAGCCAACAAUGGAGGAGAGAAAGGAGCUGACAAUGGAGGAAAAAAGGAAAGAGUCAACAGAGAAGGAGAAAAAGCUGACAAAGAUAGCAACAAAACUGGUGAAACAGCUAUGUAAGGUAGACAGUAAGUAGCACUCUAGAAGCUACGACUCAGCUGAGCCUACGAGUACCAUGGUGCUUUUUGCACAAACUGUUUUGGUUGAAUAUACAAUCGAAGGACCCUCAAAAGGAUGUCUUUCUAGUCUGAUAAUUAGGAGUUGCUUUGGUAAUUUACUUACUGGCUUAAAAACUAUUAUUGGGGUCUUAGUUAAUUAUUUUAUGGUGUGUUCUUUUUUUGGCUGUCACCACUGGUCAAGUCAGAAAGUUUGUAAAUAAAUUCUUUUGGCUCUUAUCUAUAUCUGUGACUGACUUUAAAAAGGUAUUUAAAGUUAUUUGACACUUCAAAUUAUUUUCACAUUUAUAAUUUCAUCAGCAUGUCUCAUAUGAAAUGAUUUAUGAAAUGAGAGUAAAGUUCUCUCAACCUGUUAAUCUAGUGUUGGUAUUAGAAGUCCUUAACAUAAGAAUUGACUCUUAACUCUGAGUGAGAAUACUUCACUUAUUUCAUUCACUGAGGGAGAAUAGCUCCCUGAUUUCAUUUGCUAUAUAUGACAAAAAGAUUGAUACAUACUGAUACCUACUCUAUGGUGAUAACAAUGGUAGCCUGAAGCUACCAGACUAGUGAAUGCAGCCCAGUUACUAUUAGAAGAACAAAAGACUGGACCUGCUUCAGUACUUACUUCUCUUCUGGUAGCCAGGUUGUUACCUGAAAGCUAGCAAAAAGAAAUUAAAUUUAAAACCUAACAGAUUGGUUUCCCUUUUAUAAUGUAGUAGACAGUAGAAUAUGUUUAUAUACUAACACAAAAUGAACAUAUGCUAUGUAUUUAAUUGAUAUUUUUUUGAGGUCCAAAAGUAGACAAAUUGAUUUUAUGUGGAUGAGGGAGUAUAUUAUUCUGAUGGGUUUUAAGAGUGCAUCUUCAGUUACCUUCAAAUGUAUGUAAAGAUUUGUAUAUGUCUCUGUAGCCAUAUUGAACUUGACUGCUGAAACUAGUUAGAGGAAACCACAGUGUUUAUAGUAUAUACAGUAAAUAAAAGUCUGACCACAACAUUAUCAUGCAAUAAAGGA